UAUCACUACUUUCACUUCUUUAUUCACGUUAAUUAUCGCUGUAUAUACGCAUUCCCUAUAUGGUUAUUUGUAUAUGAUACCGAAACGAUACCCUGCAAAUCUAACAACCAAUGUUGAGGGCAUGUUGCCGCCCUCGAGUCGGCGCCAGGAUUGUAUCCCAUGCAUUGCCGAAUAAUGGUUCAUCAGCCAUUGCUGCUUUUGGUUUGACACGGAGAACCUUAGCAGGGCUGCCUACGGACGCCGCCACAGAUGCUCUUUCAUCAUCCGCUCAGGCGGCUGGCGGAGCUAAUACAAUUGGCGCAAAGGAGUUACCAUGGAUGAAGCAAUUCAAAGAGACCCUCCAGCGCAACGAAUCUCCCUCUUUGAGCAACUUGGCUACCAUCGUUAAAUCCCCCGACAACCAUAGCAUCGGGAAAUCCGUCCGAGUGCAGGGCGCUCUCGGCAAUGUACGCAACGUCUCCGGCAAGAUGACCUUCGUUCCAUUGUCGGAUGGAGCUGCCACCAUUCAACUUAUUUCUUUGCGAGACAACAGCCCAGACGCCCACAAAAUCCUAAAGGCUGCCAGAGCGAACACUCCAGUAGAAGUCGUCGGCACUCUCCAGUGGAAAAACGUCAAGCCGACAAAGGAUGGAAAACAAGAGCCGCCUCAGGCAUAUGAGCUCUUGAUAAACUCUGUGCAGUCACUGAACGACUUCCCGGCAGAUAUUCUUCUGGGAGAAGAUGCAACAUACGGGCCUGAGCUGAGGCAUCUGCAAAUACGAUUCGACGAGACUCUCAAGAAACGCCUCAUAUUCAGGAGCGAGGUACUGAAGGGUAUACGGACGGCACUGCCAGAUUUCCACGAGGUUGAGACGCCUAUACUAUUCAAAUCUACCCCCGAAGGUGCCAGAGAGUUUCUCGUGCCAAGCCGCACAUCUGGGCAUGCUUAUGCGCUUCCGCAAAGCCCGCAGCAGUACAAGCAGGUACUAAUGGCGAGUGGUAUCAACAGAUAUUUCCAAGUCGCUCGUUGCUUCCGUGAUGAAGAUCUUAGGGCUGACCGACAGCCGGAGUUCACCCAGCUGGACAUGGAGAUGGCUUUUACAAAUGCCGACGGCGUAAUGAAGAGGAUGGAAAGCUUUAUUGUGGACAUGUGGAAACUCAGGCAAAAGCUAUGGGCAGGAUCCGAUAGAGAUGUACCAUCGGCCCCUUUUAUGCGCAUGAAGUAUGACAACGCCAUGAGGUUCCACGGCGUCGAUAAACCGGACCUUCGUAUCAAAGACCUGACCUACAGAGUUGAAAGCAUAGUUCCGGACAACCUAAAGAGUAUGAUUACCUCGCUGGAUUACCCCAUUGUCGACAUCUUCAAAAUCAAUUUGAACUGUAGCCCAAGGCAAGUGGGUGCCUUUGUGAAGACAAUCAUGGAUUCGCCUGAAAUGAGUCCGUUCCACGACAACCCUGAUGGCGGACCUGGCGUCUUUAUCUACGACCCUAUGAAGCCACUCGAAGGCCUCGCAGCAUUUGGCCACGAGGGUCUCGAGAGUAUAAGGGCGUUUUAUGGAGCGGGUGUGGAGGAGCCAGCCAGUUCUGAAGAUCAAGCAAUUGUAGAUAAAAUUAUGGCCGCUACGAAUGAAGCGUCCCCUGAGGACCCAGCGCCCGCAACAGAAACCAACACCUGGUCACCACCCACUACACGCGAACCGCUAGAAGAAGGCGAUCUCAUAAUCCUCCAAGCGCGCCCCAGAGACGUCAAACUCUCCGGCGGCUCCACAUCCCUCGGCCGGCUACGCAGCCACAUCUACAAAUCCGCCAUCGCCGCCGACCUAAUCGACCCCGACCCAUCCUUCAACUUCCUCUGGAUCGUCGACUUCCCGCUCUUCACCCCCUCCAACACCAUCGACCCCGGCCAAGGCGGCACCGCCGGCUUCUCCUCCACCCACCACCCCUUCACCUCCCCCAAAACCCCCGCCGACGUCGACCUCCUCCACUCCGAUCCCCUCCGCGCCGUCGCAGACCACUUCGACCUCGUCCUCAACGGCGUCGAGCUCGGCGGUGGCUCGCGCCGUAUCCACAACGCGCAGAUGCAGGAGUGGAUCAUGCGCGAGGCGCUGCGGAUGCCAGAGGCUCGCCUAGCGGACUUCAAGCACCUGUUUGAGGCGCUGAAGGCUGGGUGUCCCCCGCAUGCGGGUAUGGCGCUGGGGCUGGAUCGGAUGGUAGCGGUUAUGACGGGGACGGAGAGUAUUAGGGAUGUGAUUGCGUUUCCGAAGAAUAAUAGGGGGGAGGAUGUUAUGGUGGGGAGUCCGAGUGUGAUGACUGAGGGGCAGCUGGCGACGUAUCAGUUGGCGGUGGUGGGGAAGGGGGAUGUGAGGAGGUGAUGGGUAUGAGCCAGCUUCGGCGUGUAUUUGUUAGACGCAUACAACAAACGGGUUGUAGGGCACGUGUAUAUUAUAAUAGAUCACUCA